AUGGACAAUUCGAAAGUAGUGGACUCGACCACCUCAAUUAUUACGAGAAAGGACUUUCUCGUCCCUUCGAGGGUGACCGAAAUAUUUGAAUCCAGCACCAGCCUCGAGUUACACAUUACAGAAGCUUCUAAAUCGAACGAGACGCAUAAUCAUCUGCAGAGUUAUAUCGUGUAUACGAUAAAAGUCGGGCCUUUAAUGGUGAAAAGACGAUAUAGUGAGUUUGAGAUGCUUCGUACGUGUCUGAUUAAGACUUUUCCCACGUUGUUAAUCCCUCCGAUCCCCGAAAAACAAACGUUAGCCUCAAAUUUGACGUCCACUACUGCCAAGUCACUCGAGUCACAUUUUCCGGUCGCUAAUGGACCUUCAUCAAGCAACCAUAACCCAUUGAACCUAAUUGAGUACCGAAAACGGAUGCUCAGCGUGUUUUUGAACCGAUGCCUGGCGAUUGACCAGGUGAAGAAAUGUCGCUACUUUUUGAGUUUUCUUGAUCCAGAAACCAAUUUUAGUGACUUUCUUGCAUUGAAGGAAAAUCAAAUUCUCUGCAAGACAUCAAUCUACAAACUGGCACCCUUUGAUGCGCUGUCGAACCUCGAUAAUCAAAUAUACCUCACCCUUCCAGUACCGUCUGCCUCGACUUUUGGCUCCUUCCCAGAGCUUGCUGGCGAAGAACAGUUUGAAAACUUUGUCAAGUUUGAAAAUAAGUUCUCCAAGUACGAGGCAGUGCUUGAUAACAUUUCGCGUACCAACAAAAGGUUAGUGAAGCACUUUACUGAGAUGUCUCCCGACCUAACGGAGCUGGGAUCAUCCUUCAAAGCAUUGUCAUUGAUUCAAGACUCGAAUUCCAUUGAAAACGUUGGUAGAGUGUUUGACAGAACCUUGAUCUACGCGAACCAACUUUCUGAAGCAACGAAUACGGGACUGUUGGACAAGCUCAUUGAGCUCAAGAACUUCACCAAGAUCGCUAAAAAAAUCAUCCAGUACAACAGAAACAAGGCUGUGCAACUCAAAAUGGUGGAGAAGUCGUUGCAGGACUCGCGCGCCAAGUACAAAGAGCAUCAGAAACAGGAAGAGGAGAUAUCCAGAAUUGAUGCUCUUGCGUCGCGGGCAACUGGAUCAGAGCAAUCUGCUAACUCAAGUGCAGAAGCGCCGCUCACAGAUGCAGAGCUUCAAUCUGCUCUUUAUGUGAACGCGAGAAAGCCAUUCUACGGGAAAAUACCUGGCAUCAAGAAGAUCAACAAUGUCAUUUUGAAAUACACUGACCCCAAUCCAGACCAAACGCGCAAGAACCGGAUUUACGAUUUACGACUUAAAAUUUAUCAACUUGAAAGACAGCAGGAGAUUCUGGAAGAGGAACUAGGAAAAAUCAAUGAUGAGAUAUGGGACCAGCUGGUGAAGUUCCACGAAUGGUUUAAAACCAGUCUAGCGCAGCUGGUAGUUGAAUACAACAAACACUUGGCAGAGUAUAUUCGGAUUAAUCUGGAAGCUUGGGAAAGCUGCUAUAAUAGGUGAUUAUGUCAAAAAUUAUUAGACGUAUUUAUUUUUAGUGCACUGCCACAUGCGCCACAGACUUAACAUGAAGUUCCUUAUCUUUUCCUCUUCCUGCCGCUUUUGCCAUCCAAUUAAAACACAAAGCACCAGCGUUCAAAUAUUAAGCGCAGCCCGAUUUGAAAGUGAGAUACAAGAUGGCCAUGAAGGAAGCAUCAAGCUCUUCCUCAGGUUUAGCUACACCAGAGAGCCACACACCGCACAACAAUGGCAGCACCAAUAACGUUUCAGACAUCCUAACCCCCCAGGAAUUUUCCUCUGAUGAUUCUUGGUCCAUUGUGACUGGCAGCGACUCGCAAUCGGUCGCUUAUGAUGAUGUUGUAUCCAGCGAUGAUGGAGGGCGGGAAGAACCUAACAAGGAAGUUCGAGCUUCGGUGUCGACGCUCAAAAACGAACUUAGCGGAUCUCACUUCUCUGUUCCUCGAAUUGAACUAGAGAAGGGGUCAGAAGAAGAAGUUGAAGCCCGAGGCACAACUGAUGAGUCAUUCACUACAUUUGCCGACCAUACUAAAGCUUUGAAGCGGGAUAAACUGAAAUCGUGGCAAUGUAUUGCCGCACUAGGACUUGCCCUGACCAUGUUGGUUGGAGGAACGGUAUUCAGAACCAAGGACAUAGAUUGCUCUGCUGUGUCUGAGAAUAUGAGGAUGACACUACAGGAUUGUCUAGUGAAGGGUCUAGAUACCAAAAUGGGGUGCUUAAAGCAGUACUUCGAAGAUCGCAAACCAUAUGAAACUCGCUGCUCGUUUCAGGACCAGGACUUGAUAACUUUCGAUAACCGUCUCAAAUUUGGAAGGGAGUUGUUUGGCGAAGGCACACUGGCCGAUGCUUAUAGUGGGCUUCUAUGGAUUAAGGAACAAAGACGUGAAUUGGGCUACAAGGGACUAGAGUGGUCUCGCAGGUUCGGGAGCGCUAUGAAGGAGAACUUAUCGACAAGCAUGAAGAUAUUCGAUCGUGCUAAGGAGCUUUCCAUCGAGAAGGUUGCGGGAACAAAUUUAGUAUCUCAUCGAAUGGCUAAGAAAUGGGGUUCCUGCAUUCGGGAAGGGUUCCAAUUUGCGGAUGAUCUUUUUUUGCAGGCUCGGCUUUGGACGGGCGAUGCGGUGUUGGCUCUUGCAAAAGACGGGAAGCAUGCAAUUCAACGCGGCGAUAAACUUUUAGAGGAAUUUUUGACUAAAUUGAAAGACGUUACCUCAAAGUUGCCUCAAAGUUACUCUCAUAUCCCAAAAAACCUCUCUUGGCUAUUGGAAACCAAAACUUUUGCUGAACAGAAACUACUUGCAAUCGGACGGAGGUCUUUGAAGAAUUCUACUCGUGCGCUCAAAUAUAUUCGCCAGCGAUUGCCUCUAAUUCGCAGGAAAUGGGUCUCCUUCACUUGCAGCCUAUACAGAGAAUCCCGCUUCCUUUUAAGGAAUUUGGGCACACGCUUACACACGCAGUUUAGGCUGUCAGCCCAUGGAGUCAGAGAAUUAAACUCGAUAUUACACGAUAAAUUUUUACAAUGGUACGAUAGUUUUGAAAUACCCUGGUUUUAGUUUGAGUCCAUUACGGCUCCGGAGAGUUUGGGGUGGUCCCGGUUAUGGUUUUGGUUAAUUGUACUAUGUAUAGGUUGCUGGACUUUCGAAUGACAAUUAAUAAAAGGGUUGUAGCACCGAAGUAGCUAAAUCGAAGGAAUGGACUUAAUUAGUUUAAGAGUUCCACCAAUUGACCAUAAACGUCUUCUGAGAUCAUGCCGAUCUUGAACAAGUAAGUGUGUAAACUCUUGACAAGAAUUAGAAUAUCAGGACCCGAAAGGUUGAUGACAAUAGUCUGCAGAAGAUUUCCAACGUUAAGAUGAUGGGUCGAGAUGAAAGUCUCGUAAUACAAGUACGAGAAGGAGCCCAUAAGGAACUGGCAAUCCAUUCUAUCGGUGACUCCUCCAUGGCCUGGAAUGGUGUCACCAAAAUCUUUGAUCUUGAAAGCACGCUUGAGGCCGGAAGCAAAAAAGCCUCCAAACGGAGCAAUCAGCGAGGCAAACAGGGACAGGAUGGUAGCAUGGAGGUAGAUUGGUUUGAUCUGGACAUAUUCUUUUCCAAUUAUUUUAGCCACGUCCGCUGGAAUCUUGUAAAUUUGAUGAAUAAACACAGGAUUUGGUUCACAGGAGACGCCAGUCAAACAGUUAACCUGCAAAUCGUUGUAAUUCUCAAUUGGGCAGAUGAAGUAAUUGGAAUUGCAUAAGUAGUACGUGAGAACAACCGAUGCAAAAGUGGUGCAGAUCCAUGCUCCAAUAAACCCUUCAACAGUCUUUUUGGGCGAAAUCGAGAUGAGCUGAGUUCUGCCAAAAGUGAUACCGCAAAUGUACGCAAAAAUAUCGUUGGUAAUGACAAGUCCAACCGGCAGCAAGAACCAAAUCAUACCGUGAAGGAUAUUGUUGACAAUACAAUGGCCCUGAAAGAUCACCAAGAGUAGGAUCAUAUGGGUGAUGCACAAUUGUGCAAAUUGGAACUUCAAAUAGCCUUUCUUCAAAGUAGAAACAAAGAAAACAAAGGCAAAGACGUACGAACAGUACGAGACAAAUUUCUGAUGGAUAAUGAACUUCAUUGCCAGAACAGAAACGUAGUUUGAGUCGAUCAAAAAGUUGAUGGUGUAUGUGAUGAGCGAUUUGCCUUCCAAGUAGGCAAUAGUGGUGAUUAAUAGGUACCAAUUAAGAUAUCCUGUGUAUUUGAGGUCCUGGUUCUUUGCUCUCUCACUCGUUAUGGAGAUGAGUUCUUUGAAAACCAGAACCUGGAGAACUAGCACCAACAUGAUUGUCCAGAAGUGGCCUGCACAGAUUAUGAAAAACAUACCGAAAAUCAUAACAAGAGUCCAGAUAGUUCUCACAACAAACGCUUGUUUCUUGCGUUCUUUUUCGUUGACGACAAUUGUCGGCUUCUCCUCUGCUGCCGCAGUAGAAGGGGACGCUGACUCUUUGGUCUCCUUCGGCGUUUUGCGUCCGGCCAUGUUUUUUCUAUAACUGCUU